AUGCAGUCAAUCGUGUCAUUUUAUUUCGUACAGGAUUCCGGGAAAUAUGUUUUUGGAGUGGACGAUACGCUGGUAGCACUGGAGAUGGGCGCUGUCGAGAUAUUAAUUUGUUGGGAAAAUCUGGACAUUACGCGGUACCAGCUGAAGAAUCCAGCUUCUGGAGACGAAAAGCUACUGUAUUUGCGACCAGAUCAAGAGACUAACAAGAAGCAUUUUACGGACCCAGCUACGGGUACAGAAUUAGAGUUGAUUGAUUCGACGCCAUUGUUGGAGUGGCUAGCGAAUAAUUACAAAUCAUUUGGCGCAACUUUGGAAAUCGUGACCGAUCGCUCGCAGGAGGGCGCACAGUUCGUACGCGGUUUUGGCGGUAUUGGAGGCCUUUUGCGCUAUCGUGUGGACUUCCAGCUCAGCGGACUCAGUGAGGAAAUUGAGGAGAUCAACCUUGAUGAUUAUUGA